GAGCGUUUAGGCUUUAGACGAUGCACAGCAAAAUUGCAUUUCAAAAUAGAAAUCGAACAUUAGCCAAGAGACAGUGGCGAGCAGAAGCAAAACCCUAAUAAAUUCUCUGCUCUUCGCAGUUUACUGGGGAAAUGUCAGCCUCUUUGACUCAGUUGAUGCUUUACCGUUCGUUCCUCAAAGCCUAACGCUUAGCUGAUUCACUUCGAAAAUUUCAGUGAGUAUCCUGCAAUGUUUGGUUUUUGCGGUUCAAGAUUAGGUUUAAAUCGGAGUUUUUCUCUGUUUGUCUCAAAUGCCCAACUGGGUAUUCUUCCUUUCCACUCAUUAUUCGUGAUCACAUCCUUUUCGUCUUCCACAUCUUCUAAUUUGAAUGAGAAUUCAAUUAUAGUCUCAUAUCUCACAAAUUCUUGUGGAGUAACCCUAAAAUCUGCUCAAUCUAUUUCUAAGAGGGUAUGUUUUGAAACCCCUGAAAGACCCGACUCAGUAUUAAGGUUUUUCAGGGAACAUGGAUUCAACAAUUCCCACAUUUCCAAAAUUGUUAAGCAUCGGCCCCGUUUGCUUUUAGCGAAACCAGAAGAGACAUUCUUGCCCAAGUUUGAGUUUCUGCGUUCUAUAGGGGUUUCAAGAUCAGGCCUUCCUUUAUUUGUUUCUAGGAAUCCAGAUUUGUUGGCUCGAAGUUUAGAGCGGUGUCUGAUCCCAAUUUAUGAAAUCCUUAAAAGUGUACUUAUUUCUGAUGUGAAAGUAGUUACGACCCUGAAUCGCAUGGAAAACAGAUCUUUGUACUCUUUUCAGAAAACAUUUUCUAACAAUACAUCACUCUUGAGAGAGCUUCGAAUCUCUCAAUCCUGCAUCUCUUACUUGGUCACCCAAUCUCCGUCGGUCAUGUGCCAAAAAGUGGGCAAGUUUGCUGAAGUGAUUAAGAAGGUUAUGAAACUAGGAUUUGACCCUUCAAAAUUAAUAUUUGUUGAGGCAGUCCGUGUUUUUCAUUUCAUGUCGCACAAAACAUGGGAACACAAAUUGGAGGUUUAUAGGAGAUUGGGUUUCUCUGAAGAUGAGGUUUGGUUGAUUUUCAGAAAGCAUCCCAAAUGCAUGAGUUUGUCAGAGAAGAAUGUUAUGGGUACGAUGGAUUUUUUUGUGCGCAAGAUGGGUUGGCAGCCCGCUGCUGUUGCUAGAUUUCCAACUGUGCUUUGUUAUAGUUUGGAGAGAAGAAUUAUACCUAGAUGUUCAGUUGUAAGAGUUUUGCUUUUAAAGGGUUUGAUUAAGGGGGACAUCCAUUUAUCCUCAGUGUUGCCACCUUCUGAAAAGUACUUCUUGGAAAGGUUUGUGAUAAAGUAUCAAGAACAUGUACCUCAAUUGUUGGAUAUCUAUCAAAGAAAAAUGAGUCUUACAGAACUUGGCUUUGGCUUGGAUGACAAAUUUAAGAUUUCUGCGUUAAAAAGUGUCUAGCCUGCAGCUUGUCAAUUUUCAACUCAUUAAUACCAGUUUGAUGUUGCUUUCUAA